CCUGUAAGAGUGGAGCUGUACAAAUCGUAGAUGGAAAAGGAUGAGCUAAAGAGGAAGAUUUAACUCCAAAUACCUGAGGUGUCAUGGGUCGUCGCGAGGAGCUCAGUGACUUUCAAAGGGGGACUAUAGUGGGUUGUCAGAUGUGCAAAAAGUCAGUCCGGCAGAUUUCUGAUCUGUUAAGCCUGCCUCGGUCUACUGUCUGCGCAGUGAUACUGAAGUGGAAACAUGGAGGAGUAACCUCAGCUCGGCCCCGGAGCGGCAGACCGCACAAGCUGAAGGAGGAGGACCGUCAGGUGCUGGAGAAAGUAGCGCUUAGGGUUAGGGUUAGGGUUAGGGGUAGCUGUCUGCGCUCGGUGGAAGCUGUCGCAACCGAGUUUCAGUCCGUGUCCGGGGCCUCAGUGAGCCCCAGGACAGUCCGAAGAGAGCUUAGAGUGAUGGGCUUCCGCGGCCGAGUGUCCACCUACAAAAAGACUAGAGGCCUGCCUCAUGAUACUGUCGUCAGAGAGAUAAUGCAGUGGUGUCGUGGAGGAAUAACCCCAUUUCGGCCCAAGAGCGACAGCUGGCUCAAGCGAAGGGAGGAGAAAUUGGCACAAAUAGCGCUGGAAAAAAGUCUGUCCUCAGUGGAAGCUGCCGCAACCGUUUCCACCGACCACGAGACUAGAGGUGAACCGGACAAAGAGCUGAACCCUAAACAGAAGGUGUGGGAGCAGGUUCAAGCAGACUUACACACUGACCCCCAGUGUGUUGCAACCUACAAGCGAGUUGCCUUUGAGGUCAUUGGCAAAGGUGUUUGUAGAGCUCAAACUAUGAGCAACAGAGAAAUCAGGUUCUCUUUGUGGUCAGAGGAGGGCACUACAGGAUCCAUGAUGGUGUGCUGUUUGUGUGAAGUGAGUUUGUUGAAGUUUGACAUGCCUCACACAGUCAUAUCAAACAGAGUGCCCAAAAAAUGGAAGUUCCUACAAAGAAUCCCUCUGCUUUGGGGAAUUUUUGAUGAAAUGUAAACAUUUUCCCAUGAUGCCACAGAGAGUAUUUCUAUGGAACUGUACAUGAAACUCUGCAGUGCAAAAGUCCCAUCCAAAUAACAGGACUAUGAGGGGUUUUACUUUAUUUUGAAAGAGGGAAUAAAGUAUGAAAUAAGUGGGGAAACUACAUUAGAUUUACCAAAUGAAACAUUACGUUUGUAUGCAAGUUCUCUGAGCUCCUUUAGUUUAAGUCUCAUUACAGCAAGUGGGUGGGAUUGCAUCAGCAUGAGAUUUUCAUGGCACAAUUCCCAUCUCAGAAAACAUAAUGAUCUUAUGGAAUACAGUUUUGCAUGGUUAUUGAUAUUAUUAUUAUUAUUAUGAUCAGGUGAAAUUAAUGAAAACAGAGUGGUAUUUAAGCUAAAGAAACUUUUCUUUAUUUUUUUACAGAAUAUAAUCAUGUACAGUUAUUUUUGACACCAUAAAAAGUUUACCACUACAACCUGAGGAAUGGAAAUGGGUCCGUUUAGAAGUAAUCUACAUAAGGUCAUGCAGGAAAUGUUUUCAUGUUGGAUGUAUCUCAUCUGAUCUCGAUUUUGUUUCCUUCCCAAACUUUACUUCUGUUUAGCUACAGUUCCCAGGGAAUCUAUGGGAAUGAAUGAUACUGAGAAGUUGGUUCUGAACAAUUAGUCAAAUGUUGUUUUUGUCACUUUAAUAAGAAGAUGUGCAUCCUCUGUGUUACUGAACAGCCUUUCUCUUCUAUUCAGAUACUGUAGGAGGUUGUUUACCCUUUAUACCCUACGUGUCCUUUUUCAUGAUCAUGUAUCAGCCUUCAUAAUCAUCACUAAUAAACAGAUGUAUCAUAUUACAGACAGAAAUUAACUAAUAUGUUGGUUUUAAAACAAGCUGUUUUGUGUCCUUACAGUUGUAAUACAUAUAUUUACCAAAAUUAAAAGAGAAUAACACAACCAUGAAAAAACUCUCCUUCCUUAAUUUUAAAGGAAGAACUGAAAAACAGUAUGUAAAGAAAGGGGAUGUGAUUCAGGAACUAAGAAGUGGAACAGGUUGUCAGUCUCAGAGCUGCUGGUAACAGGAUUGUUAAUCUUUUCGUGAGAGAGUCCUUUCAUUACUUUAAGUUUAUACAAAGUUUGGAAAAAGCUGAGGUUCAAACGUUAAUAUGCUUGAGGUUGAAUGUACAUCAAUGUAAAAUGUGUUUGAAUUUGAACAAACUGGUGUUUCAUUACAUAAUCACUCACAGACAGGCUCAAACCUCAUUGUUAUUUGAAAUGCAAGAAUCUCAGAUUUGAUUAAGAGUUAGAAGUCUAGAAAUGUUUGCUGUAGUAACCAUGAAAGUGUUUCAAUUUGUCAUUAUGAAAGCUGGAAUCCCUGAUUAUUUGAUCAUAAUCUAAAGUGGGAGCUAUUAAUCACAUCAAGCCGAUACUGUG